CGGUGGAAUAUUCCAGCGGAUCUCUCCUUGCUCUUUAAAAGGACGCGCUGAAAACGCUGCUGGGAAAUUGACAGGUAAACCGCUAUAUGUUCUGUGUAUGCAGUCAAUAGCGUGGUCGCUUCACAUACACCAGCCGGCAAACAGAAACAGAUCAAUCCGCGUGCGAAAAAAGAAAAGGAAAGAAAGACAUUAAGGUCCAGUACGUGCAUCUUUAGACGUCUGCGUCACUGGCUUUGUCUAGACUUUUUAGUCUUUUGGAGGUCCUUUCAGCUGAUGUUCUUUGACCCAGAGACAAUCAUGAUCCUCCUGACUCCCUCUUCUGGUCUCUUCCGGUGUACCAACAAGCUCUUUCUUUGUGAUGAAGCCACCGGACUUCAGAUCAAGGAGUUUGCACGUAAAAAUGCAGCUAACGCUCUGUCAGUUUGCAACAUGGUCAUGGGCAUGGCCUCCAUUCUCAGCAGUCUAAAUGGGCACCAUCAUGCUGCAUGUUGGCUGGUCCUGAUUGGCUACCUGCUGGAUUUGGCAGAUGGAGCAGUUGCCAGGCGACUCGGCGCCUGCUCUGCACUGGGUGCAAAGCUUGAUGAUUUUGCUGACUUCACAACAUUCGGGAUUGCCACGUCACUGCUCCUAAGGACCACUGACCUGCUGGACAACAUCCUGUGCGUGUGUUACGUCUUGUCUGUGUUUGUCCGCCUCUGUUUCUUCACGAGCGGGAUCCCAUUCAUGUACCGCGGCCUGCCCUGCAUCUACUCCUCAGGCAUCCUGGCCAGUGUCUCUCUGCUGUCCGGGGGAAACCUGGUCGUGCUGCGGAUCAUUGCGGCAGCCAUGAUCUUCUUCAUGAUCAGCCAGAGCUUCUACCCCCACGACAAAGUGCUGGAGUCCCAGGCCUGGAAGAAAGUUGUCUAUGCUGGAGGAGUCAUCAUGGUGUUUUGCUCUUCCUUCCCCCCUGCAUGUGUCUACUACCUGCUGUGGUCAGUCUCCUACAUUUUGUUCCCAACAUCCCUUUGGAGCAGUAAAGUGUAAAAUGGGUGCUGGCUUUAUCCAAAACUCCCAUUUAGGUUUACGUCUGGCCCAUCCGGGUGACAUGAGGCUUCCAGACUGCUGCUGCUCCCUACUGCCAUGGAGGAUCCAAGCUGAACAUGCUCAAGCUCCACAGGCAAAUCUCUAUUUGACCUUUUAUUUUAACGCAACACCUCUAAAACAAAACCCAGAUUGAAGAGAGUUAGCGUGAGGGAUAAGAAUGAGAUUUUAAUGUUGCUGGUAAGGACUAACCUUCAUGCUGUCUUGUGUCUUUGUUGCAUUUUCACUGAAGCCGGGAGUGGGAUGGCUUGUUUCAUGAUUUGUUUUUUUUAUUAUCAGGUUUAUGUCCUGUGUAAUCCCAAUCCUUCAAUAUUAAUCUUUCAUCAUGUUGUAAAUGCGCAGCAGCUGGGCAAUAUAAAAAUACAUGAUUUAUCAAGCACACAAAUUUCUAAUAUACUUUGGCCUCAAAUUUGGAUUUUUAAAAUAUGUUUAAUUGUGUAAUCACUCAAGAUCAUAACUCUUAUUAUAAUUUCCACAGUGUUAGCCUAAUGAGUAACAGUUUUAGUGCUACAGUAUGUAGGAAACUCCUUUUUAAUCAAUGACUAUACAACAUAUUUUCUGAGCAGCAUUUUUGUGGUUCAAAGUCCAAGUUCUUUAGGGUUUAUCUAUAACAAAGUAAUGGGAAUUGGUAAGGCACUAUGACAAUGUCUUGUGUUAACUGACUGUCUGUUAAUGUUUGCAGCCGGGUUGAGGUCACUUCACUUUCAUAGAGUUCAGAGUGGGAAAUUUACUUUUUUUUUGUAGGUGUCACAAAUCCAGUGAAUGAUUGUAAGAAGCUUUCAUUUCCAUUAUUGGAUUUGCUGUCUAUAAAUAAGUUCACUUGAAAGUCAGCUGACCACAACUCUGGCAUCUGUGAAUGUGGGACUGUCAGACUUUUUACAAAGUUGUGGCUGUGUCCAAUAAAUGAUGUGUUAGAUUUCCAUAUUUCUUCUAAGUGUGUUGGUACUUGCUAAUUGUACGUGUUUACCUCUGUUUUAAGAGGCAUUGCUGUUUUAAUAGUACAUCCAAACUGGAUCACAUACAUCUCAUAGUACUGCUCUGACCACAGUUUGAUCAGUAACAUCAGUGAUUUAGGGGGGGUCAGGAAUGCAACAUGAGUGGGCGUCGCCGCCCAUAAAUGGCAACGCAGCAGCAGGUUUCUGCCUUGUGAUUCAGUGUGAAUUUACCCUUAAAAAGCAACAACACACAGGCUGCGAAUCCUGCUUUUUCCUCACCACACUGUAAGUUUGGCCUCCACCUUAAAGGUGUUGUAACAUUGCACUACAGUCCAUGUUGGCUGUGCUCACAAAUGCACCCAACCACUACUAGUGGUGAAGCAGCAUAGAAACAUUAAACCCACAAGGAAGGAGAGUUUAAGUGUGUUGUUAAUCUUUAACUUGGCCUGUAUUCAGUUUGGGGGACAUCCUUAUUUUUUUGUAGAUUGUGAUUCACAUUGUGUGUAUUUGCACCUCUCUGCAUCGUGUGUGGAAAAUGGGGAGAUUAUACAGUAUGCCCAUAUUUAAAUUUGGACUCUGGACCUUGAGCUUGUAAUCGGAGGUGUCAAAAUAAAUGGUAUGGUAUGACAUCACUCAAAAUUUUAGUUCAGUGAUUUUAAUGUUAAUUGUAGUGAUUGGAACCCUCUUAUAAGCAAUAUAAGAAAAUGAAGAAGGAAAAACUAAAGCAGAACUUAGAGAACAUUAAGACGAAGGGUGUCUGUCUUUGGGUUCUGAUAUUAGUCUAAUCCCACUGUUGUUGACAUGGUUACAAUAACCAAUGUUGUAAAGAAAAUCUACAGGUAAAAGUGCAUACACAAGACUAAACACAAAUCUACUCUAGUACAUUCAGCUUUCCUGUGUGCGUGUUUUGGUUUUCAAACUGUGAAGUCACAGUGAUGUAUGCAUGCCUAGAGCAUUACAGAUACAAAAACUGUACUUUGCCCAAUAAAAAACAAAAAGAUCUUAAUGAAUAAUAAGAUCUGUGCUUUUACUUUUACUGUCUGUACAUUUUUGACAAUAAAGAGGUAAUAAUGAAAUGA